AUGCUGCCGCUGGUGAACAUGCAGGCUUCUCCGGAGAAAGAGGCCAGCAGGCAGCAGCAGAUGAUGACCAAGGUGUCCAUCUCCAUCCUGGUGAUGGCGCUGCCGGUGCUCUACGUCUCCGUCCUCCGCGUGCCGCCGGCCACGCUCUUCCGGGACACCACCUUCUGGUUCCUCAUGUCCAACUCCAUCAUCGUCGUCAUCGCCGCCGACUCCGGCAUGCUCUUCUUCGGCUCCUCCGCUUCCGCUUCCCCGGGCGUCGACGACCGCCCAUUCGUCGUCUCCAACUACAACGGCGACGCAGCGGCGGUGCCAAUGGUUAGCGUCUCCAGCGACGAGCCGCUGCUGCCUGUGGCCGUCGUCGAGGACCAACCGUUGGUUGUCGCGAGGGACAUCCUCGUACAUGGCGACACGGCCGUGGACAGCCAUGCACACGCAUUGGUUGUACGAGGCGAAGAAGAUGCUCGGCCGAAGAUGGCCAUGUCCGGCAAACCGUCCUAUGCUUACCCCACCGGUGAGGGUGACGACGACGGCGUGGUGGUGAAAGCGAGGCUGACGGCAAGCAGGAGCCUGGCGAGGGAGGAGAGGGCGGCGAGGAGGCGGCGGAGCAGGUCCCACUCGCACGCGCUCGUGCCCGACACUGACACGGUGGUGGUGCAGGACAAGAGCGUGGUCGUUGUGAGGGACGAGAAGCUCCGGCGCACGGCCACGGAGGGCCGGCGCCAGCCCACCGCCGCAGAGGAGGAGGAGAGCGAGUACUACGCGCGGCUCUCCGACGAGGAGCUCAACCGGAGGGUGGAGGACUUCAUCACCAGGUUCAACAGGGAGAUCAGGCUGCAGGUCGAGAAGGAGGAGCUACAAGCCUGA